AUGGCUCCCGUCGUCUCAAAAAUUGCCAUAAUCGGAGCUGGCGUGAGCGGCUUAGCGGCCGCUAAACAGCUAGCCCACCACAACCCCAUUGUUUUUGAAGCCACCGACUCCAUUGGAGGAGUCUGGAGGCACUGUUCAUACAACUCCACAAAGCUUCAGUCCUAUCGCUGUGAUUAUGAGUUUUCCGAUUUCCCUUGGCCUGAAAGGGACAACAACACUUUUCCGUCCCAUACGGAGAUAUUGGACUACUUGCAAUCCUAUGCUGAGCACUUUGAUGUGCUCAAAUGCGUCCGGUUCAACACAAAGGUAGUGGAGAUCAGGUUUGUUGGUGACCGGGAAGCAGCUGCUGAUUUCACCGGCAAACCGGGGAAUCUGUUGCCCGGACACCCUGUUUGGGAGGUUGCUGUGCAAACCAACCAUUCAGAAACUAUUCAGUGGUACGCCUUCGAGUUUAUUGUGGUUUGCAUUGGAAAAUACGGGGAUUUACCAAAAUUUCCGGAAUUUCCACGCAACAGAGGCCCUGAGAUAUUUCAGGGCCAGGUUUUGCAUUCCAUUGAUUACUGUAAACUUGACAAGGAAGCUGCUUCAAAACUACUUGAGGGGAAGAAGGUUGCAGUCAUUGGCUACAAGAAAUCAGCAAUUGAUUUAGCACUGGAGUGCGCAGAGGCCAACCAAGGACCAAAUGGACAACCAUGCACCAUGGUGGUAAGGACUUUGCACUGGACGGUUCCCCAUUACAGGGUUUGGGGUUUGCCAUUCUACUUGUUCUACUCAACAAGGUUGUCUCAGUUCCUACAUGCAAGACCAAACCAAAGCUUUCUCAGGGCCCUUCUUUGCCUUCUUUUAUCUCCCAUGAGGCGUGGAGUGUCAAAAUUUAUCGAGUCCUAUUUGCUAUGGAAACUUCCUCUGCAGAAGUAUGGAUUAAGACCAGACCACCCUUUUGAGGAAGACUAUGCAUCAUGUCAGAUGGCUAUUAUGCCAGAAAAUUUCUUCCCUGAAGCUGAUAAGGGGAAGAUUGUCUUCAAAAAAGCAUCAAAGUGGUGGUUUUCAAAGGAAGGAAUUGAAUUCGAUGAUGACACUAAACUGGAGGCUGAUGUUGUGAUUCUUGCAACUGGUUUUGAUGGGAAGAAAAAGCUCAAAACCAUCUUACCAGAGCCUUUUCGUAGUUUGCUAGAAUAUCCUUCUGGGGUCAUGAAUUUGUACAGGGGUACAAUCCAUCCAUUGAUUCCAAACAUGGCUUUUGUGGGUUACAUAGAAAGUGUCGCAAACCUUCACUCUUCGGAGCUGCGUUCCAUAUGGCUAGCUCGUCUUGUAGAUGACAAAUUCAAGCUCCCAAGUGUUGAGAAGAUGAUUCAGCAGACUACUCAAGAGAUUGAAAUAUCAAAGAGAACCACUAGGUUCUAUAAAAGGCAUUGCAUUUCAACUUUUAGCAUCAAUCACGGUGAUGAAAUAUGUGAAGAGAUGGGAUGGAAUUCUUGGAGGAAGAAGAACUGGUUUUCAGAAGCAUUUAGCCCCUAUUGUGGUGAAGACUACAAGGAAAAUUGAACCAGUGAUAUCUGAGCGAGAGAUUUCUAGUUUAAUUUAUAU